GUGAAACCCCAGGCCUGGGAACCGGACGCAGGCAAAGGGGGAAGAUGGAAGCGUGGCGCUGUGUGAGGAAAGCUGUGGUGGGAAGAGGCCGAUACCCCAUGUUUUCCCUUCACUCGAGGAGUCUGGGCAGAGACUGGACUACACCGUGGGAGAAUCUGCAAAGGUGUUGCUGGAACAGACAUAUUUCUAGUUGUAUGAGGUGGCCUGGACAUUACUCUCAAGUUCCUUACCCAUACUUCAGUAGUAGGCAUUUUUCACUAAAUUGGAGACCACCCUGUUUGUUUGAGUCUAGAACUCAGUUCCAGUACUGUAACUGGAGACCUGACAACCUGAGCCAGACAUCUUUGAUUCACCUCUCUAGUUACGUCAUGAAUGCUGAGGGAGAUGAGCCUUCAUCAAAACGAAGAAAACACCAAGGCGUGAUAAAGCGGAAUUGGGAAUAUAUGUGUAGCCAUGAUAAAGAAAAAACGAAGAUCCUAGGAGAUAAAAAUGUUGAUCCCAAAUGUGAAGACAGUGAGAACAAGUUUGACUUUUCAGUGAUGUCCUAUAAUAUACUUUCACAAGAUUUAUUGGAAGAUAACUCUCACCUUUAUAGACAUUGCCGGCGGCCAGUAUUACACUGGAGUUUUAGGUUUCCCAAUAUUCUGAAAGAAAUUAAACACUUUGAUGCAGACGUACUUUGUUUGCAAGAAGUUCAAGAAGAUCAUUAUGGAGCAGAGAUCAGGCCAAGUUUGGAAUCACUGGGUUAUCACUGUGAAUAUAAGAUGCGGACAGGAAGGAAACCUGAUGGCUGUGCUAUUUGCUUCAAACAUUCCAAAUUUUCACUCUUGUCAGUGAACCCAGUGGAAUUCUACCACCCUGAUAUUUCUCUGUUGGACAGAGACAAUGUUGGAUUAGUUUUACUCUUACAGCCCAAAAUUCCAUGUGCUGCCUCUCCUGCGAUCUGUGUAGCAAAUACGCAUCUAUUGUAUAAUCCAAGGCGAGGUGAUAUUAAGCUGACCCAAUUGGCAAUGCUACUGGCAGAGAUUUCCAGUGUUGCCCACCAGAAAGAUGGCAGCUUCUGCCCUAUUGUUAUGUGUGGUGACUUUAAUUCUGUUCCUGGUUCUCCACUAUAUAGUUUCAUAAAGGAAGGAAAAUUGAAUUAUGAAGGACUUGCCAUAGGAAAGAUCAGUAGCCCAGGCAGGAAGCAGGGGCCUGCAGGUACCCUGAACCCCAAAGAAGCACUCAACGUACAUAGUUUUGGUCAAAAUUAG